UUCAUUUGAAGCCAAACUUUCUUGUGUUUUUGUAUGUUGUUAGCUACAGUAAAGUGGGUUGUAAGAGAGUAAUUUGUUUUUUUAUUUUUGUUAUUUUUGUGAGAAACAAAUGUGUGGUAUUGUUGAUAAGCAAGAAGAAGUAAUUUGAUACUUUCUGUAAAAGAGUUUGAUGACGAAGUUUAUGCGGAUCAAUGGCAGAACCAACUCCUUUGUAGCAAAUCAUUUAUCCGAGUCUCUACAAUGCUUGGCUAGCACAUUAAGACGUUGGAGAAGUGGCCAACCUUCAGAAUCCUGGGAGGCUCAUAAGGCAGCAAUCCAAGCACUCAUAAAGCUGCCUUCAGGCGAGCUUGUUACAGGUUCAAGUGAUACAACUUUAAAACUUUGGAGAGGAAGCAAAUGUACACAUACUUUUGUUGGGCAUACAGAUCAAAUAUAGGCUGAUGCACUUGUUCUGAGGGGGAUCAGUUGCACAUUUGAGGAAGGGCACAAAAUACGUAUUGUUGGCAGAAUUGGCAGUGGCAAGACCACUCUCAUAGAGAUGAACCUGUUUUGUCCAGUGGAGCUAGCUAGAGGGAAG